AUAACACAACGUACGCAAUUGCAUGCACUAUAUCAAACAAACAAUAAGAGACAACUCUCAAAUAAAAAACAGGAACAUCAACAGGUGUUGAGCAAGCAUGGGGAUCCCUUCAAAGCAGCACAUUAAUGUAACACUUCUAGUUUCAUUGAUGAUCUUUAGCCUUUCAUCAGCUGAUCCCUUAUUUGGAUUUAGGCCCGAAGAUGAUGAUGCUACAUCGUCCAUACUCAAGUCGAUGGCGCCGACACCAUCCAAGCCGCAUCCACCAGCACCAGCACCAGCACCAGCACCAUCCAAGCCACAUCCACCCGUGCCUACGCCAUCCAAGCCGCCUCAUUCACCGAAAUCUCCAGCACCUACACCAUCCAAACCGGAUUCACCCGCGCCUGCACCAUCCAAGCCGAAGCACGCACCGAGCCCGGGACCACAUCCACCCACACCCUCACCAAGGGCACCAUUGUAUCCACCCCCACCAGCACCGAAGACGGGACGAAGGCUUGCAUCGCUCCCACCAGCCCCAGCACCAAAGCUAGCGCCGAAACCCUCACCAAAGCCAGCACCAAAGGUCUCUCCAUUGCCACCUUCAUCUGAGCCGACGCCAAAAGUCGCACCCACGCCACAAUCACCAUCCCCAAAGGCACCAUUGCAUCCACCAACACCAAAGUUGGGACGAAGGCUUGCCUCAUUGCUAACAUCACCGAUGCCCACACCCGAACCCUCCCCGAUGCCAUCACCCAAACCCUCCCCGAAGCCCACACCAAAACCCUCACCGAAGCCAUCACCAAAACCCUCACCGAAGCCAUCACCCAAACCCUCACCACCAUCACCAAGGGCACCGUUGCAUCCACCCCCACCAGCACCGAAGCUUGGGCGCAGGCUUGCAUCAUUGCCUCCACAUUCAUCACCCAACCCGACACCUAGCCCUCUCCAAAAAUGAGUUAGAAUAAGCUAAUUAUUGAGAUUGAAUGCAUUGGUACGUCUUAAUAAAUUAAGAUUUCAAUAAAGAAACUCUGAUUAUUUGCUUAUGAGGUCAUUAUUCACAUCUCUCUAUACGGAUGGUGGGUUUGUAUUAACGAAAAAUUUUGAAUUAUAGAAAAUUUUCAAGUUCUCUUUUCGUUUCUUUGCUUUUAACCGCAUAGAUGCAUACAUACACAUAUACUAGUAGUAAUUACUAGCAUCGUGAACGUCUGAUAUGCGUUACCGCAUAGAUGCAUACAUACACAUAUACUAGUAGUAAUUACUAGCAUCGUGAACGUCUGAUAUGCGUUUGAGGUAAUGGUGAACUAGUAAAGUUUGAUUAUAUGAUAAUUUAUGCUCCAUUUUAUCAACCGGCACUGUAUUGUGCAUUCUAUAGUGCUACAUGUAAACGACUUUUCAUUGAAGUAAUAGAAAUUGAUUCACAAAUAAGACUAAUUUAUUUCCCAAAUAUGACUUAUUUAGUCCUAAUAAAAGAAUGGAAAUAUUCCCCGAAUAUAAGUAAAAACGUUUUAAAAUUUCAAAAUAAGAUUAAUUACUAUCAAAUUUGAAAAAUAUUGUUAUGUUUAAAGUCUGUUCUGUCACAACAAGACAUUAAUGGGAAAUAGACCUUAAUAAGACCAAAAGAUAGUCAAUGCAUCUAAAUAAGACCAGCGAGAUUUUUAAACAUAAAUAGGACUAAAAGUUGUGUUGAUGACAAAUUUACCCUUUCAUUAAAAAUCUUAGUUACACGGGACAAAAGAAACAGAUCUAGGUGUUGCUCCACUUUUAAACCCCGUCCAGAAUCUUCACCCAAUCACCCCCAAUCCUCUACAGCCACCGCCACAACACAUCAGCGCCGCCGCCGCACUUGCCCCUGCUACCACCGCACCUCGUCUCCAUCGCCGCCGCCGUACUUGCCCCUGCUACCACCGCACCUCGUCUCCACUGUUGUACCUCGCCCUACUGCCGCCUACCCGCCUACCUCUGCACCCUGCCGCUGCCGCCGUUAGGGCCAGCCCUGCCCAUGUGUAGGAGGUGCAGCCGCACAGGGCCCACGUUCAAGGGAGGGCCUCCAAUUUAGCCCAUGUGUUAGAGUACUACAUAGGAAUUUUGAUAAGGCUUGUCUGCUGCUGAAUUUUAAGAACUUGGGAAAAGGGAAAUAUGGAGAACUGGGGAAACGAUAAUAACAUUGAUAAGAUUAAUCAUCCCAUAGGCUUUUCAUGUUUCCUUAUUUCUUAACGAAUAGUUGAACACCAUAGGCUUUGGGGAAUGGGGAUAAAUUCUUAAACACAUACACCUAGAUCGAGCUUCUCUGUGCCUUCAGCCUGUUUUCCG